AUGUCCACGCGUUCUCCGGAACAGACAGCCGCCAAAGAUUGUCCCACGUGCCAGAGGCGACGUAUCAAGUGUGAUCGGGGUCUUCCAACGUGCCGCAAAUGCGGCAAGCGAAAUCUUGAAUGCCCGGGGUACGGGCUUAGGCUCAAAUGGGUGCAAGGGGUGGCCAGCCGCGGUAAUCUGCGGGGUAGAGCCAUUCCAUCUCAAAAUGCACCCACAAACUCAAGCUCGUCACCGGAAGAUGUGACCGAAAUACACAAUCUCCCCGGAGAUUCAAGUCUUGCUAAUUGGAAAAGCCGCCCGGCGCCUUUGCACUUUCCGUCGGGAAUUUUUCCGUCACCUACUUCAGAGCUUGGCGUGUCGCAGGCCCGACCACUACAUGUCUCGCGAUUGCUAUCUUGGUUUAACGAGCGAGUCGCUCAUCGACUGGCAUGGGUUCCGCAACAGAAUGCAUGGCGACACAUGAUUUUGCCUAUGGCCGAAAGCUCCGAAACAGUCAUGUCUUCGAUUCUGGCAAUCGCCGCCCAUGAUCUGGCCACUGAGUAUGCUCCGACCGACGUCGGUCAUGGUACAUUCCAACAGAUGUCGAAGAACUACCAAAAUAAAUCACUUGCCCUAUUGGCGCAAGAGCUCAAUGGCCUCUCGAUUUCCUCCAAUACAGCGUUGGAAACGAGCACAACAUCGGCCUACACCCUUGCUGCUGUCAUCAUUCUCUGUAACAACGAAUUUAUGAAACCCGAAAGUGCCGGGUGGCGAGUUCACUUGUCAGCCGCGAGAGAGAUCAUUUUAGCGGCCAAAGGGCGGCCGUACCGGGCUCACCAGCUAGCCUCUAUCGAAGAGUUCCUGAUGUUGGAAUUCUAUGAGGCCUCGGUAUGGGCUGACCUAACCACUUUCCAAAACUACAACGACACACCCAGGGUUCCACCUACCGGUGCCGAAAACGCGGUUUUCACCGAUUACAUUCGCAUCAUUGAUCAAAUCACCAGACUGGAGCGUCGCAAAUCCCAACCCGGGCCAGUCGAGCAGCCUCCGUCGCAGUGCGGUCCGAUCCAAGACAUCCACUCGCAAAUCGAUGCUGCCAGGGAUAACAUGAUGCAGCUAAGUGCAGCCCUCCAUUUCCCAUCAGAGGAUGAUCAGAGAGGCUUCGAGUUGGUGAUCUGGAUGUACUACCACGCAACCAUCAUCUACAGCUACCAAGCACUAGGUGAUGAAUCUUCCACUUAUGAUGUCAGCACGUCUCGCGAUGAAAUUCUGCGCUGGGUGCCGUUCCUUUCUGAGACUCAAGACGGCAUGUUUGCGCAAGAUCUUGUCUGGCCGCUUUUCACCUCCGGAUCCGAAUUGCGGGGUGAUCCAGCCAAUCAACAAGUUAUUCGAGAAUGCUUCAAUAAUGUGAUGCGCAUCAGUCGGAUUCUGGAUCGAGCGCGCGUGUUGGCCUUUUUGGAGAGGUGGUGGAAUGAGCCCGGUACAUCCACGUCGUGGAUUGAUAUGGCUCGGAGACAGUCGCAGGAUCCAAAGCUUGAUAUCCUCGUGGUUUGA